AUGACGUCGGAGCUGGAAAGUAGCCUGACCUCCAUGGAUUGGCUCCCUCAACUCACCAUGCAGGCAGCCAUCCGCAAGGCCGACGGCCAGCACGGCCACGGGCCAGGCAUAGGCAAGAAGAGUGCCCUGCUGGAUCCCAACACCACUCUGGACCAGGAGGAAGUACAGCAGCACAAAGACGGCAAGCCGCCGUACAGCUACGCCAGCCUCAUCACGUUCGCCAUCAACAGUUCGCCAAAGAAGAAGAUGACACUGAGCGAGAUCUACCAGUGGAUCUGUGAUAACUUUCCCUACUACAGAGAGGCGGGAAGUGGCUGGAAGAACUCGAUACGGCACAAUCUGUCAUUGAACAAGUGUUUUCUCAAAGUGCCUCGCUCCAAAGAUGACCCGGGAAAGGGCUCUUACUGGGCCAUUGACACCAACCCAAAGGAGGACGCCUUGCCAACGCGACCCAAGAAGAGGCCGCGGUCUGGAGAACGGGCUUCUACGCCGUACAGCCUGGAGUCAGAGUCUUUGGGGAUGGAGUGUAUGAUCUCUGGAAGUGCCUCUCCAACGCUGGCAAUCAACACUGUGACUAACAAGGUGGCGCUCUACAACACGGACCAGGAAGGGAGCGACAGUCCGAGAAGCAGCCUUAACAACAGCCUGUCCGAUCAGAGCCUGGCCUCCGUCAAUCUCAACAGUGUGGGCAGCGUGCACAGCUACACGCCGGUGACCAGUCACCCCGAACCCGUGUCCCAGUCUCUGAGCCUCCAGCAGCCCCAGUCCCAGUACAACAUGCCCGACAGGGACAAGCAGCUCAUGUUCUCUGAAUUUGAAGAUCUCAGUGCCUCCUUCCGCAGCCUUUACAAGUCCGUCUUUGAGCAGUCCUUCAGCCAACAAGGUUUGAUGGGAAUCCCAUCAGACGCGUCGCAGCAGACCCACACAUCCUGCUCCUAUCAGCACUCUCCCGGAGGUGCCAUCAACACGCAGAAUAACCUGUCCAACAACCAGCCCAACAGCCACUCCAACAACAGCGGCCAGGUGCCCCUCUCCCACCCGGCCCAAGCCCACCCCGGACACGGCUCCCCGCACGCGCAGCACCUCCCACCGCAUGCCGGCUCCCACAACCAGCACCCGCAGCACGGCCCCCACCCGCAGCACGGACAGCACCCGCAGCAACACCCGCAGCAGCACCCUCAGCAACACCCGCAGCAGCACCCUCAGCAGCACACGCCGCAUCCCGCCCAACACGCGCAACACGGCCAACACCCGCAACAGCAUCAGAGCCUCUCCCACCAGCCGCAUCCCGCCCAGCAGCAGAUGGGCUGCAAUCCAGGUUUACUUUCUGACUGGUACCCUAAUCUGGACGCACUGAAAGAAAGCUGCCGCAUUGCCAGCAGUUAUAACUGGGCAGAUGUGGACCUGUCACCUUUCCAAGGAUUACGAGAGAGUAUGAGACAGGCAGAGUUGAACAACUGGUCGCUGGAGCCUACGCAGAUCGCCGACCUGUGCUCGUCCAUCAAUCAGUUCUUCGCCCGCACCGGCGUCAUCCAGCCACAGGGAACGGUGCCGCCGGCCGUCUGCCACGCGGCCAUGCACCCAAACAAACCCAGCCAGCACCUCGGCACAGGAAAUCUCUACAUGGACUCCAGACAGAGCAUGUCCAUGAUGGGCCCCCCGGGGUAUCCUCACAUGCCCCCGAUGAGCAGCGCUGGCCCCGCUAUGACUGGACACCACGCUCAGAUGAACCAGCAGCACAUGAUGCCCAACAGAAACUUCCAGAUGCAUCGCAUGGCGGCUGAUGACAUCCAGGAUGAUUUCGACUGGGACUCCAUUGUGUAG